AUGCCAAAAGGUGACUCGGUGGCGCGCGGGCCAGCGAUGACGUCACAGUCAAAGUUGGCUUCGGGCGCGCCUCCGGCUCGAUCGGCCAGCAGCUACCGGCGUUCGAACGCGCGGCCGCGCAAGCAGCAGCAAGCAGCCUUCCCAGCAAUUCCUAGCCUUGGGCGCAUGGCGCCGCACAGCCCUGCCGUAUCGCGCCCCGCCGCAGCGGUGCCGCCAUGGCUUUCUUCUGCCUCCAUGCGAGGCACACCAGCAGCGCAGCGGAUGCCGUCCACCCACUACGCCGCGCGUAACUUCUUCGCUGCGGCGCGGGUCCCACGCCCACCCAAUGCAGAGACGUGGAUGGCACGCCAGACGUGCGCUGGAGCGCUUCCGAGCUCUCAGGUGGCGCUGGCAGCAGCACCCACGGCGACCGAUGCCCCGGCCUACUACGUUGUCGGCGGCGCCGUGGUGAACCCGCAGCUGAUGGUGUCGCCAUCUGUCCAGGAGGAAAUACGCGAGGUGCGGUCGCUAAGCGUAGUUCCUGACGCGCUUCUCCGCCCAGGUAUUGGGCCGCAGCUCAACAAUACCCACGGCGCGGCGGCAGCGGCUGCCUCGGCCGGCGGCGAAACGCAGCGCAGAAGCGUUUCUCCGGACAGAGCCCGCGCAUUUGGAGGGACAUUGGGGGCGGCCAGUGGCGGCGCCUCUCGCCGGCCACGCGGACGUGCAGCGUCGCCGACCUGCGUCGCCUCGUUCUCCAUCGAUAGAAGCGCAGAUGACGCUGUAGUCACGGUGGAGGCGAUUCGCACCAGCCGCUCUCGCACCGAGAGCGUGCCGCUACUGCAGCAGACCCUCGAAAUCACCGCCACGGCGAGCUCGCUCGGCCUUUUGCGUCGCCUCUACGGCACCACAGGCGAAGAUGUGAUCGAGGUUGCCCACACAAAUCCGCGCAAUGGUGCGUUGGAGCCGCCACGGCUGCAGUAUCACCUCGCCCAAGAGCUGCUUCCCGAGCUUACGGGGGCCGAAGCACAGCUCAAGACCCUAGCAAGUGCUCGACGGCGCAUUGACUGGGAUGUGAACAUCCCGACUGCCGACACGCUUCCGCCUCCCGCGAUAGCCUUCACGGCGGUGAGCAACGGUGCACCGGUGACGACGCUGACCUCGGUUCGCUUUAGAGUGGACACAAGCACCCUCGCGAUGCAGCGCGACUACACGGCAGACUCUGCCACAGUCAUUGGCGGCGGCACGCCGGCGGCCGGGGCGGCAGUGGCCUCGGUCGGUGUGCGUCCGCGCACAGCAAAGUCUGCGCUCAUGCAUGAGGAAGAAAAUGUCGGCCUCGACAUCACCCGCGAGGACCGCAUUGGCAGCAGUGGGUUGUACUGCAUUCACCAUCUCGUUGGGCUGCGGCCCGGCUUAGGUGAGCAGGUCGGACUGGAGCGCGUGCUCGAGUACAAGGUGAUCGCGUCGGUGAGGGACCUGUUCAUUGCACCACCCUACAUCAACGCCAGUACCGGGGACCUUUUCAUGGAGCUCAACACCUCCCUGCAAGGCACAGCAAAGCUCACCAUCACUGGCGUGGACUGUGGCAGCGUGGACCCGGUCGCAGGGGCUGUACUGAAGAGCAGCAACACGCUGACCUGCUAUCUCGUGUUGCAGCAUAGCACAAGCGCAGCUGCCACCAAGGUGGAGCGUGAUCAGGCGGUCGCCAGCACUCUGGGUGGUGGUGGCACGCAUUACGCACGCGUGCCGUCAGCCGCAGCGCGAUUGGCGCGCGCGAUCACAGCCGGAACUGCGGCAAGCGCCGCCGCCAUGGCACAGCGCUCGGCUCGCGACAGCAGUGGCGCGGAAGCCCAAGGCGCAGACUGUUUUUCCCUUUCCCUCGCCCACUUCAACCAAGAGACCACCGGAUCGAUGCCGGCGGAGGCGUCAGGAGCCAGUGCAGGUGGUUUAAGCCGCAUGCCGUCCCCAGCCAAUGACGGCGUGGCCGCCGGAGCACCGAAUCCGGUGGCGCAGCAGGGAAGGCAAGCACCCUUCACCCAGCCGCGGCGCAACAGCCUUGAUGUGCAGAGCAUGGCCGCUCGCAACGCCGCAGAAGCGGCAGCGGUGGCCGUGGGCGCCACGGCGCCCUACACCGGCGCUGAAAACGGGGCGGCAGUGGCCAUCUCGGCAGCUUAUGCACCAGCAGCACAAAACGGCGCCGCGGCAGGUGGCGCUGCUCACGACCUCCGUGGAGGGAACGGCACGGUGGGCACGCAGACGGACAGCCAAAAUCGCGCCCAUCACUACCUCUUUCCUGUCACCAACCCACACGAGCUGCGCUAUGCCUGUUACACAGAGGCAACGCGGCUCCGCCGGCUGCAGCAGCGUAAGGUGCAGCAGGCAGGCGAUAAGGCCGAACAAGGAGCAGCGGCCGAGAAACGGUGUCAUCAACAGCCGCGGCACGCAUCAGCGAACUCGAGCAGCGGUAGUCCACUGCAGGCGAGGACCACGUUGUCGAAUGACGAAGGCGACAAGGAUCUGAGUGGGACAUUGGCGGCGGACUCUGACAGUCGAAGCCAGCCGGCGACAUCGUCGGUCGGCAAGGAACGGAAGCGGCGCAAGCCAAAGGUGGAGGUGCUGGAGCCCGAGCAGCAGUUGGACACAAACAGUUCCGUCUCAGCGCUAGCCAUGACCUCGUGGGAGCCGCAGUGGUCGAACAGCACGACAAACAGUGGUGGCCAGGUCUCACCGGCACACCGCCACAGUGACGCCUCCGAGGCGACCCUGGGGCAGAGUGGCAGUGUCUGCGACGCCGACGCAGCGGCGAACCACGAGCUGCGCUACCCUCCCCUGCCGACCACCUUUUUCUUCAUGGACAGCCUGCAGUCGCCGCUGGGCUACAUGCGGCUGACCGGGUGGCAGGACCGCCUGAUAACUCUGUUCCGCGAGGAGGACAAGGACCUCCUGCGCAGUGAACCACGAACCCGCUUCAAGCGCGAGGCCCUUCAGGAGCUCAGCGACGGCGCACUGGCUGGUAUGAUCGCCAACUUGUACUUGUGGAAUGGCGGCGUCGGUAACAGCAGCGCCAGCGGCAGUGGCAGACGCGCAUCCGUGCACCCCCGCCGCGGGUCCUCGGUGGCCGCGUCGCGCAACUUGAGCAGUGGCAUCGAGAGCAUCUUCUAUCACAGCAGCACCAGCAUCAACAACCCCUUCGCCGUCCUCGCAAACCGCGGCUGCGUCACAACGAACGGCUGCAGCGCCGGCGGCGGCGUGCAGCUCAAGGCCUCGGUCGAAGUGACAACGGAGAAGACGUUCGCGGUGCUGCGGCGGCUCAUCUUGUGCCUGGCAGUGGAAGAGGAGCGGGCGUCGACGCAGCUGUACAACGACACGGUGCAGCUCUGCAGCCAGUUCUGCCACAGCGCCUUGCUUAAGACCACCGCCCUAACGCGCGGCACCCGAGAAGGGCUGCAACAAGCGGCAGCGGCGAUCCUGUCUGCUGGGUCGCCUGCGUCGCCAAGGAAGAUGUGCACGAGCGGCGGUGGGCCUGACGGCAACGUGGGGCUCUCUGGGAAGGACAUCGAGUUACUGCGCUCGCUGGAAGACGCACUGGAGCUGUCCAUGACGACCAUGCUGAUUGUCGGGGCCUACGGCGAGGCCGUCGAGUACGCGCUUCAGCGUGUCCACACGCUGUGUCUGCUGGAGGGUGAUACGGACGCGCUGGUGAACGCGGCGCAACGCGACUUGGCAGAGGCGUACUUUUUCUACGGCGACUAUGUCACAGCCGCCACGAUCGCCGAGGAUGUCGUGAUGCUCACGCGCCAACUCUGCGACGAUGCCCCCGACGCGUACGAGGUCGUCGAGGCAGAGCUGCUGUGCACCGUCGCCUGUGUCGCGGCCGGUAAGCGAGAUCGACUUCCACACUACAUAGAUAACCUCGAGCUCAACAUGCUUCCAGUGAACCAUGGCAACGACAGUGUGGCGCGCGCGGCGCAGCCCCUACAACAAGCGCAGCUGCGCCUUGUGCUUGUGUUUGCGAAAACGUACCUCGUGCGUAGCGGAUCCGUCGGGGCCACGGCGGGUGCUCUCGCCGCCACCAGGGCGGCCACCACAGCCAGCGACGACAUGCAACAGAAUCGCAGUGCAGCCGGCAGCGCAUCACCUGUCAGCACGGGAGACAUGGUCACACUGUUGCGGGAAGCGGUGCACCUGCUUCGCGGCAAGGGUGACCUACAGGAGAUGGAGCAGAGCUUCUUCACGGUGUUCCCGGGCCAGGUGCGGCCGUCCAUAACAAGCAACAGCGGUGAUACGGGUAUUUCCAUGAUGCUGCCCACAGGCUGUCGCGAACAGGGGGCUUUCACGACGGGCCGCGCCUCCUUUAAGCCAGUGCGAGUUUUCGGAAACCCCAGCACCUUGAGCGGCGGUGAAGGCGAGGAUUGCGGGGACGUCGCAGCCAAGAUGGAAGCGGCGCAGAAGCGGCUGCGGUGGAACCUGCUGUGCCUUGCGGGCGCGCAGCUCCUCCAGAACGGCCACGAGCAGGAGGGCAUGGAGGUUGCGGAAAGCGCUGUAAAGGAGCUGGUGCUCGGCAAGCAUCGCCACGUGGAGCGCAAUCAGCGCGCCACCCUUGCGGCGGUGCUGUGGGUGGGACUUAUGCUCGCGAAGAGCAGAAUGCAGCCGGGGCAGGUGACAGAUAUCAUGCCCAUACUGAAGGAGAUGGCCGACCGUGUUGUCCGCACCCGCGGGCCCCUGCACCCGCUCGCUGCCAAGGCCAACCUGCUCUACGCCUACGUCGCGCACUACGUGACCAAUAACCGGCACAGCGCCAGCCUGGCCACGCGCAGCCUGGCCGCCUUGGAGCGAGGGGUCGGGCCGAAGUCUUACGACCGGCUCAUGGCCCACUAUGUGGUUGGAUUGAUGACCGAGGCGCAGCAGCGUUGGCGGCCUGCCGUCGAGCACUUGAGCGCCGCGUACGCCAUUGCGCAGACAAACCGCUUGGCGGAGGACGACUUGAUCUUGAUGGACACCCAGUUCCUCGGCGCGAUUCUGCUUUGCCCGCCGACGGCGGUGCUGGACCUCGACACGGCCACUCUUUGCGCACGUUUCCAGGAGCGCCUGCAGCGCCUGCGAGAGCGCGUCGGUCCGCACAGCGAGAGACUCGUGGUGCCGCUGUGGAACAUGGCGGAACUGUUUUACUUGCUGAAGGACACGGACAGCGCCAUCGAGUGCCUGCAGCAGACGACGCGGCUUCUGGACCACCGCGGCAUCCUGCUCGUAUCCACCGAUGUGCUGAAGCCAAAGGAUGUCCUUAUUUUGGAGCAGCAAAAGACGAUGAGUGGCAGCGCCGGUAACGAGGAUUGUGACGGCAGGACUGGCCGAAGCUGCGCUGCACAGGCCGCCGAGGCCCGCGAGCGUGGCGAGCGCCUCGUGGCCCAGCGCAACGCUCUCGUCCAGACAUCCUUCGACACCGUCUCGCAGGCCUUGCACCUUGCCACGACGCUGUUCAUGGGGGCAGCCAUGCUUGAGUCGCAGGGCUGCACGGCCGAAGCUCGAGAGAAAUACGGUCAGUCGCUCGCCCUCUACGAGGCGUCCCACCUCGGCGACAACACGCUCGCCGCCGUGCGCAUCAUGGAGGCGCUGUCCAAGUUGCUCUAUACUGUCGGUGAGUGCAGCGAUGCUCUGAUGUGGGCACGCAAGGCGGUCGAUCUGCUGCACAUCCACUACCCCAAAGAAUGGUCCCUGGAGCACGCGGCGGCGCGGAAGCUCGUGGACGCCACGGAAUAUCGCCUGCUUGUGAUGGAGGGCACGUACGUGGUGCAGAACGGGCUGCCCACUCACAGCGAGUUUGUGGAGCUCCUGUGA